AUGGAGGGGGUUGGGGACGCGUCCAUGGCCGCCGGGCCGAAGCCGCACCUGCAGGGUGGAGGGGGCGCGCGAGGGAGCUCACACCAGCCAUGCACCUGGCCGGCGCACAAGGGAGGCAGCCGCCGCCAGGCAACCAGCGCCGCCAAAGCACCCGUAGCUCGGGGUGGGGGCGGGGCGGGGGACGCCGCAACAAGGGGAGGCGCAUCGGAGAAGAGCCAGGACACGGCGCGCCCGCGCCGGCCAGCCUCCGGCGGCGGGGACGCAGGGGCGGGCGGUGAGGACAUGGAGGAUGGGGAGAGCUCGGAGAAGCAGCUCGUCGGUGAAGAACAGCCCCGCCGCCACCAUCCCAGGGCUCGGCGCGGCUUCGCCGGCCAGCCCUCCGGCGGCGGCGGCGCGGGAGCAGAUGGACGGGGCGCUCCGGGCGCUGGCGGCUAG